CCGUAAAAUUAACACAGAGCACAGUUGAAAACUUUGCUUUGAGUAAAACAUACGAAAUAAUUUUAUCAGAAGAUACCACUUUGUUUGCCUACAUUUUUUGAAGGAUGAAUCAACUACUCGUUUGCAGUUUCUUGCUGGCGAUUGCAUCGUCAUACGCCUCCGUUGUACCAGCACCUUCCUAUGUCGUUUCUGUUCAAGGAGACGAUGAUGGCGCAAUCAUCUGCGGUGGUGUGCUGAUCGACAAGAGAUUCGUUCUGACCACAGCACAGUGUUUGGCUUUCUACAACCCUGAAAGAUUGGUGGUUUCUGUAAACGAUGGCGCUCAGAUCAUUAAACUUGCAUCUUACACUUUCGCUUCGAAUUUCGAUUUCGUUACCAUGGAAGAUAAUAUUGGCCUUAUGAGAUUGGCAGAACCAGCGAAUGCUAAUGUCAUUAAAGUGGCUGAACAACAACCAAAAACUGGUGCCAACGGUGUAGCCUAUAGUUGGGGUGCCAACCACAGGCUCGACAGUGUCGGUGUUAAACUCGUAAGCACAGGCGAUUGCGCUUCCGGAAAGUAUGGCUGGAGUGAAGAUGAAAUAUUCAAUACGAUGGUAUGUGGCCUGGUGAAAAACAACAAGUCAUGUGUCCCACGUUUCGGCAACCCCGUAGUAUCUAAUAACAAGCUGGUUGGUUUGACUUCAUGGGGUGGUUGUGGCAACAACGGAAAAGCAGCUAUCUUGACCGAUGUACCAUCUCUACGUUCAUGGAUCGAUAGUGCCAUAAAGAAGUUGGAGCAAUAAAUUAAUUAAAAACUUUUUGUUCAUCUGUGCAGUCUAAUAUAAACUCUUUCGCUUUAUUAUGUGGCGUUUCUUCCAUAAUUAGUUUCUAAAUAACACUAAAAUUUUAAGAAACAAUGAUAUUAUUGUGAAGUAUAGUUAUAAUGUCCCUACACAUUAGAAAGAAACAGAAAUAUUCCCCACAUUGUUACUAAAAUGUUUCCAGAUAAAUAUGCAUUAGAUCCGUGUUUUAAUGACAAACAAAUUCCUGAGAAGUGUUCGCUUUUUACAGCUUUGAAAUAAUUAUUUUCACUUUAGGCUUAGACCAUUCUUCCUGUAACCACAAUUCUUCACACCGAACAAUAAAUGGAAAUACACCUCGA